AGUUUGAGAGGAAGCUCAACGACUCCAUUGCCGAGGAGCUGAACAAGAAGUUGGCCAACAAGAUGAGGAAACUGAGGCUCAGAGAAGGACCUUGGAGGUCACACAGUAAGUGGUGGAGCUGGCACUGUGAGCUGGAUCUGCCUUGUCAGAAAAGGCCCUGCUCUUCCCAGAGCUCUGCAUCCUUCCAGGGUUUCUUCCCCGUGGUCACCUCAGGCAGUGUCCCAGCUCACUUCCCACUGUAGAACGGGGAUAGCCAGACCUGCUAUGUGGUGGUGACAGUCUCAGGAGAGACGCCUGGGAGCUGGGCCUCGGGGUCACUGUGUAUGUGCGUACACGGACGCACACAGGUUGUGUACAACGUGGGACUCUGCAUCUGUCUGUUCGACAUCACCAAGCUGGAGGACGCCUACGUGUUCCCGGGGGACGGCGCGUCACACACCAAAGUCCAUUUUCGCUACGUGGUGUUCCAUCCAUUCCUGGACGAGAUCCUGAUUGGAAAGAUCAAAGGCUGCAGCCCAGAGGGAGUGCACGUCUCGCUAGGAUUCUUCGAUGACAUUCUCAUUCCCCCAGAGUCGCUGCAGCAGCCAGCCAAGUUCGACGAGGCGGAGCAGGUGUGGGUGUGGGAGUACGAGACAGAGGAAGGAGCGCACGACCUGUACAUGGACACCGGCGAGGAGAUCCGCUUCCGGGUGGUGGACGAGAGCUUUGUGGACACAUCCCCCACCGGGCCCAGCUCAGCGGAGGCCGCCUCUUCCAGCGAGGAGCUGCCAAAGAAGGAGGCUCCGUACACACUCGUGGGAUCCAUUAGUGAGCCGGGCCUGGGCCUUCUCUCCUGGUGGACUAGCAGCUAGCUGUGGGCCUGACAGUGGACCCCGCCCAGUCCGGCAGACCUGCCCCAGCCCUCGGGAAGGUGGUGCAGCUGGCUGCGAAGACAGCAGCAGCUUCUGCAGAUGCUGAGGAGUCAAGUCUGCGCCCUGCCAGGUUGACCACUCCCCCACCAUCCUGGCCCUGCUCUUGCUCCUGGAGCUACCCCUGAAGUCCCACUGUCCCCGUGGACUUGUGCCUCUCGGUGACAGCAAAGACAAUAAAGACAAUAAACAACGGCAGCGUCAGUCAGGGAGAAGCUAUCCUGUCUCAAAGACCCAAGGUCACCCAGUUGCCACAGCUGGGACAGCGUGUCUUUUCUUACCUCAAAUCUCUUCUGGAGAUGACCCCCACUAAUGGCAGGACUUAGGGGCUGAGAUCCCGGCUGCCUCAGGCUGGGCUCUGGGCUGGCUGAGCUUGGUGGCUGCAUAAAGUAACACAGCAAGAGGCUGGCCUGGGGUAGCUGCCAGUUGCUGGUAAGAGUCUGACCUUUAAGGGACAACUGCCUUCCUUCCCACCAGCACGUGGAAGGUGGUGGGGCCUGGACUCAGCCAGACCAGCUCCAUCAGGAAAGUGGAGGCUGUGGGCUUUGCUGGCCCAGGGUGAGGGCUGGUGACCCGCUGUCAUGCCCCACAGCAAAUACAGCAGGAAGCCUGAGGCCAACUGUCACUUUCAGACCUCAGCCACACCAGGAGCACCCUGUGGGUCUGCUGCUGAUGCCAGCUCCUGGCACAAGGGCAAGCACCCCAUUGUUUAGUCAGCAGAAUGGCUUUGCCAGAUGCCUCAUGCCCCUUCACUCACUUCUGUGGGACCAGGACACUUGUUUGUAGCACCCACCAGAUGCCAUGUUUCUGUCAGGCAAGUCUUGUCCUGGAGAAGGGGCAGGGGCCUCCGUGGAGCCUGCCUCCUGCCCUCACCUUUUUUGGCUCACAGGGCACCAGAGUAUGGAGGUGUGGGUAGUGCCAGCGGAUGUCACUCUGGGGGGAGGAGAAGCUGCAGAACAGUGCCUGCCACCACCUCAUGCUGAGGGGCAGAGGAUGGUACACGACAGACCAGCUGUGACCUUGGACAGGGUGGCCUGUAAGAUGGGCUCUGCCCACCCUCGGUGUUUGGAGGGCUAACUAACUCAAUGCCCUCCAACGGGGAAGGAGGUGGCUCCAUCUUGGGCUCAGUCCCCCUGAUCCACCAGAAUGUGGGGGGUUGGGGAGGCUGCCCUGCAGGCAGAAGUGGAUUAGGACAGGGAGGUGGGGCAGAAAAGAAGUGGCAAGUCUGCUGGCUCACGUCCCGUUUGCUGCAGUGACACGUCCACCAUGGUGUGGCUACCAGGGGCCUCCACUAACUUGGCUGCAAAGACCCACCCUGAACCCUGGAGUUGAUAACAGCACAGACACCAACCACACACACACAGGAACAGUCACUGAAUCUGAAUUCUUAUUUUCCUUGCAAGAGCAAAAGGUUCCUUAAAAUCCUUCAGCCACGAGUGAAAUGAUCAGGCAGGAGAAAAACUUUAGAUGGGAGUCUUGUCAUCAAAAAUAAAUAACAGUUGCAUGGAGCUGCUCAAGAUUUGAAUCAAACUAAAAACAGGAAGGCAGUGGGGCUGAAAUAUUAAGAAAGGCCCCAACCCGUGGGUCACUCGUGGGCUGAGGGAGGGGAGGGCAGGCGGCCCGGCCACACCAUCUUGGAGCAGGCAGCCAAGGCUGGAUUGAUCAGAUCCAGUUCUGAUGACACGUGGAACUGCACUUGUGGCACCAGAGCCGGGUCCGAGGAGCAGGGCAGGUGGCAGUGGGUGGCAGAGCAGGACCUCACUGGUGCUGCAGCUCCUUCAUUCUGUUCAGAGCACUGCCGGCGCGGAACCACUC